GUUGACGCCGGCGACGCGCAGCCGGGCCCGCUCCUCCUGCGCUCCGCCAGUGUCCGGCCGCGGGCCGGCCUUAGUAACUGGGGGCUGCGGGCCCGGGGCCGGCGGGCGCGGGCGCGGGCUGCCUUCGUCGGGCCCCGAGCUCGCCCGGAGCGAGCAGCCGCCCGCGACCGCCGCGGAGCCUCGCCCGCUCCCGCCGGCGAGCAAGAUGAUGUGCGAGGUGAUGCCGACCAUCAGUGAGGCAGAAGGCCCGCCCGGAGGAAGCGGGACCCACGGGUCGGGCUCCCCUUCGCAGCCGGAUGCAGAUUCCCACUUUGAGCAGUUGAUGGUGUCCAUGCUGGAGGAGAGGGACCGUCUCCUGGACACGCUGCGAGAGACUCAGGAAACGCUGGCGUUGACCCAGGGGAAGUUGCAUGAGGUCGGUCAUGAAAGAGAUUCCUUGCAGAGACAGCUCAACACUGCCCUUCCACAGGAGUUUGCGGCGCUUACUAAGGAGCUCAACGUCUGCAGGGAGCAGCUCCUGGAGAGAGAGGAGGAGAUCGCGGAACUGAAGGCAGAGAGGAACAACACCAGGCUGCUGCUGGAGCACUUGGAGUGUCUCGUGUCCAGGCACGAGAGGUCUCUCCGGAUGACGGUGGUGAAGCGGCAGGCGCAGUCCCCGGCCGGCGUGUCCAGCGAGGUGGAGGUGCUCAAGGCCCUGAAGUCCUUGUUCGAGCACCACAAAGCUCUGGAUGAAAAGGUGAGAGAGCGGUUACGAGUAGCACUUGAAAGGUGUAGUUUGUUAGAAGAAGAAUUAGGGGCCACACACAAAGAGCUAAUGAUUCUUAAAGAACAGAAUAAUCAGAAAAAAACCCUAACAGAUGGAGUGCAUGACAUAAACCACGAACAAGAAAAUAUGCCGAGCACGAAUGGAAAGAGAGCUUCUGACGGUUCUUUAAGCCACGAGGAAGACCUCGCCAAGGUAAUCGAGCUCCAGGAAGUCAUAGAUAAGCAGUCAAAGGAGCAGAGCCAGAUGAAGGAGCGCCUGGCCGCCCUCUCCGCUCACGUGGCCGAGCUGGAGGAGGACCUGGACACGGCACGCAAGGACCUCAUCAAGUCCGAAGAAGUGAACACAAAGCUGCAGCGAGAUGUCCGUGAAGCCGUGGCCCAGAAGGAGGACAUGGAGGAGAGGAUCACCACCCUUGAGAAGCGCUACCUCGCGGCACAGCGUGAAGCCACCUCUGUGCACGACCUCAACGAUAAACUUGAAAAUGAGAUUGCCAAUAAAGACUCUAUGCAUCGACAGACGGAGGAUAAAAACCGCCAGUUGCAGGAGCGCCUGGAGUUGGCGGAGCAGAAGCUGCAGCAGACCCUGAGGAAGGCCGAGACGCUGCCCGAGGUGGAAGCCGAGCUGGCCCAGAGGGUGGCCGCCCUCUCCAAGUCCGACCCUUUAUCUUCUGGACACUCUGCUGCUGAGGAAGCUAAACUGUCGGAACUCGCUUCCCAGCUUAGGAAGGCCGAGGAGAGGCACGGCAACAUCGAGGAGAGGCUGCGGCAGAUGGAGGCCCAGCUGGAGGAAAAGAACCAAGAACUGCAGCGGGCAAGGCAGAGGGAGAAGAUGAACGAGGAGCAUAACAAACGUCUGUCGGACACUGUCGACAAGCUCCUUUCCGAGUCUAACGAGCGGUUGCAGCUUCAUCUGAAGGAGAGAAUGGCCGCUCUGGAAGACAAGAACUCUCUAUUACGAGAAGUUGAAAAUGUGAAAAAGCAGUUAGAAGAAACGCAACGUGAGAAGGAUCGGCUCCUACUGAACGUGGAAGCACUGAGGGCUGAAUUAGAGCAGGCGAGACUGAGAGGCUCUUCCCUUCACCACGGGCGACCGCACUUGGGCAGCGUCCCAGAUUUCAGGUUCCCUCUGGCGGACGGCCCCACGGAUGCCUACAGCAGCGCGGUGUUGCGCCCCCGGAAAGGCCGUGUGGCCGCUCUGCGAGAUGAGCCUUCCAAGGUACAGACUCUUAACGAACAGGAUUGGGAACGUGCCCAACAAGCUAGCGUCCUAGCAAAUGUGGCGCAGGCGUUCGAGAGCGACGUCGACGUGUCUGAUGGCGAAGACGACGGGGACACGCUCUUCAGUUCGGCCGCUCUGCUCUCGCCCAGUGGGCAGGCCGAUGCCCAGACGCUGGCCAUGAUGCUGCAGGAACAGCUGGACGCCAUCAACAAAGAGAUCAGGCUCAUUCAAGAAGAGAAGGAGAGCGCGGAACAGCGGGCGGAGGAGAUUGAGAGCCGAGUGGGCAGCGGCAGCUUAGACAGCCCCGGCCGUUUUAGACCCGCGGGCUCCGGCGCCCCGCACCCCGCGUCCCCGCUCGCGGGCCCCUCCCCUCCACACAGCGGGCGCUCCACCCCACGGAGGGGCCCGCACAGCCCCGCCAGGGAGGUGGACAGACUGGGGGUCAUGACUCUACCUAGCGAUUUAAGGAAGCAUCGUAGAAAGUUGCCGGCUUCGCGCGAAGAGGUACGAGACGACAAGGCAACGAUAAAAUGUGAAACGUCCCCUCCUUCCUCCCCGAGGUCCCUGCGCUUGGACAGACUGCACCAGGGGGUGCUCCAUGCGGCCAGCCACGAGGACAUCAGGGACGCCAGAAACUCGACAGGCUCGCAGGACGGCCCCGUGAGCAACCCCAGCAGCAGCAACAGUAGCCAGGACUCGCUGCACAAAGCGCCCAAGAAGAAGGGCAUCAAGUCUUCCAUCGGCCGCCUGUUUGGCAAGAAAGAAAAGGGCCGUCCGGGCCACGCCGGCAAGGAUCCCGGGGGACCAGCUGCUGUUUUGGAGGUGGAAAACUCCUCUCAGGACGCCCUGGGACUCAGCAAAUUGGGCGGACAGGCUGAGAAAAACCGUAAACUUCAAAAAAAGCACGAAUUGCUCGAGGAAGCCCGGAGACAAGGUUUACCUUUCGCACAGUGGGACGGGCCCACCGUUGUCGUUUGGCUGGAGCUCUGGGUCGGGAUGCCUGCCUGGUACGUAGCCGCUUGCCGAGCCAACGUGAAAAGCGGGGCCAUCAUGUCUGCGCUGUCCGACACGGAGAUCCAGCGUGAGAUCGGCAUCAGCAACCCUCUGCACCGGCUGAAGCUGCGGCUGGCCAUUCAGGAGAUCAUGUCCCUGACUAGCCCGUCAGCCCCUCCUACUUCGAGAACGACCACGGGAAAUAUCUGGUUAACGCACGAAGAGAUGGAAACGCUCACGGCCACGCCACAAACGGAGGCUGAGGAGGGAAGCUGGGCUCAGACGCUGGCAUACGGGGACAUGAACCACGAGUGGAUCGGCAACGAGUGGCUGCCCAGCCUGGGCCUCGCGCAGUACCGCAGCUACUUCAUGGAGUGCCUGGUGGACGCGCGCAUGCUGGACCACCUGACCAAGAAGGACCUCCGAGGGCAGCUGAAGAUGGUCGACAGCUUCCACAGAAACAGUUUCCAGUGCGGAAUUAUGUGCCUGCGAAGGUUGAAUUACGACCGUAAAGAGCUAGAGAGAAAAAGAGAAGAAAGCCAGAGUGAAGUAAAAGAUGUGCUGGUUUGGAGCAAUGACCGAGUGAUUCGCUGGGUCCUGUCGAUUGGCCUUAAAGAGUUUGCGAACAAUCUCGUAGAGAGUGGCGUUCACGGUGCGCUGAUGGCCUUAGAUGAGACCUUCGACUUCAACGCCCUGGCGCUUCUGCUUCAGAUCCCGACCCAGAACACACAGGCUCGUGCCGUCUUGGAAAGGGAGUUUAACAACCUUUUGGUCAUGGGGACGGACAGAAGAUUCGAUGAAGACGAUGAUAAAAGCUUUAGGAGGGCACCUUCUUGGAGAAAAAAAUUUAGACCAAAGGACGUUCGUGGCUUGGCUGCUGGGUCUGCAGAGACUCUCCCCGCAAAUUUCCGGGUCACUUCCUCUCUGUCCUCACCCUCUAUGCAGCCAAAGAAGAUACAGCUGGACGGCAGCGUUUCGGGACCGCAGAGGCUGGAUUCCGCCACAGUCAGGACUUACUCCUGCUGACGCCCCCUGUGUUUACCCACACUACUUCUACCGGUGAUCACGCAGCACUCUGAGUCCGGAGGGGACUACAUUGGAAGUUCAGCGGGAUCUUUAAUCUGUUGAUACUUGUUAUAUGGACCCUGAGAUAUUUUAUUACAGAGUUUUUAAUUAGUGAAGGAUUCAUGAAUACCAUAGAGAAAAUAUUUUAGAAUUUAAUGUUUCUUAUAUUUAUGUAAACUUAUGACUUCUUUUAUAUAGUUACUUACUUUUUCAUGUAUAUCCAGGCUAUAAAUAUCCUUUCCAAUCAAUUCAUGUUCUUCUAUCUAAGUUUAGUCUUUCAAACGAAUGUACUGUAAUGCUUGUAUGUAUAAAUCCUAUGAACAAAUAUAGGGCUUUUGUAAAUUAUGCAUUUAUUGUAAUUAUCAUUGUUUAAUUUUUUAUUAAUAAACCCUGACAGAGAAAAGGAUUUUACCGCGUUUGUAAAAUCAUCGUGACACAGCGUGCAUUUUCCUUUACAAAUGUCACGUACAAUCAUUUUGAAAUAAUCAGACUUAAUUUUGAGCAAUUGUUGUAUUUUAAUGACUGACCUUAACUACACUUUUUCUAGCAAGAAAUGCUUUAUUCUGCAGUGUGAACAGAUUAAAAAUAUCUGGUGUUAAAUAUCAGCUAAUAAAACUGGGAGCGGAAGGGUUAUCGGAACACUACGAGCAUCUCCUAGGACCGGUGAGCCCUUUCGGAGCCUUGUCCCUGGGGGCUUGGGCAGCUUUUGCCUGGAGUGACCGGCAGGACCCGGGAGCUGAGGACCCAGAAAGCCUGGGCAGGGGGGCCUGGGCACCCCGAGCUCCCUGGCCCCAGAACUCUCAGAGGACCAAUCAGGAAGCACUGGGCUCCCACCGCGGGGCAGGGUGCUGGGUGCCCACCCAGGAGGAGGGCGCGAGAUCCUGGAAAUAAUGUAGUGCAACUCUAAUAAAGGCCUUAUUGUUCUUACGGAAAUCAACUUUUUACAUUUGUUUGUAAACAUGUUUAAAGAGUGGACCUCGUCGUCCAUCUGUAGAUUUUGAUGCGACAGCCAUUUCGGUUUAUAGAAGUAGCAAAUGUAACUUACUUUUUCCGCGGCAUAUUAAAAAGCCAGCAAGAAAUGUGCUCAGAUCAUGGUGUGUUAUUUAUUAUGCAGCUGAUACAGAGAUAGAAACGGCACGUCUUUUUACAUUUGGUUUCUGCUUUUAAUUUACUUGUACAAUUGACCGUUUCCGUUCUGUUUUUCUAUUAAUCUUUUGUGAACUUCCUGAUUGUGUAACAAAGUAUGUACAGUCUACUUUUGAACUAUUUUUAUCACAGUAUUAUUUAUUGCUGUCUUUCAAUACAGUAGUGAAGCGUUUCCCACUGCCAAUAAAGAAUACUGAGCAUAAGCUGCCGUUACCUUGA